AUGUGCCGAAUUUGUUUUUUUUUUCCUCUGUUUCAGUCAAACGCUGAAGAGAAAAAAAAAAUUAUUGUUCAAAGAUACAGACACUUUUGGCCAUCAAAGGAAACCAAAUUACUUAUUACUUACAAGCUACCUACCAUGGCUCAUAGAUUAUUAGUUAACGUUAUUUUCACUGGUGCAUCUGUUUUUGGACGUGCUUUUACUGAAGCUUACAAGCAAGCUGCUAAGGCAUCAGCUGCUGGUGCCGCUGGAAGACCAACCAAGGCUGCUUCUGCUGGUGGUAUUCAAGUUGAUGAAGCAAUGAAAAUCUUGGAUUUGGAAAAGAAUGAAUUAAGUUUGGAUAAAAUAGAUGAAAAGUAUAAUUAUUUAUUUGAUGUGAAUUCUAAAGAAAAGGGGAACUCGUUCUAUCUUCAGAGUAAGAUAUAUUAUGCCAUGGACACGUUGAAGAAAGAACUAGAGUACAUGGAGAAGUUACAGAAUGAAAAGUCAGAGGCGGCGAACUAA